AUGAAUCGUUCUAAGCCAGACACAACGGAAUACAAGAAUCAGCAGGAUGCUUUUAAAUCUCAAAUUGAGGAAAUACAGUUAAAAUUACAAGCUGUCCGUCAGAAGAUCAGCAAUUCAUCUGCUAAUGGACCAGCCCAAGAGCGUAGAAAAGCUCUCUUUAAUGAACUCAAUGAGCUCAAGCUUCAUCAGUCUGGUAAUAACGCUAGCAGAGGAAAAGUCAUCGAUCGUAUACGUGUCCUACAAGAUUCAAUGCAGAAGAAGUUGAAAGAUUUACAAGCUUCUAAAUCAAAGAUACCUUUCAAAACAGUUGACGCUAUUGAUGAUAGAGUAACCUCCCUCGAUGGUGAAAUUGAAUCAGGAACUUUACGUCUCGCUGAUGAAAAGAGAGCACUUCAAGAAAUCUCAAACUUGAGAAGGCAUCGUAAGGUAGUUGAAGGAUUCGCGCAACAACAACAAGCUAUUGAUGCUGAUAGAGCUCAAAUUGAUGCUCUUAAGUUACACCUCGAUGAUCCUGAAUCUAAAGCUUUGAAUGACAAAGCAGAAGAAAUCAAAAAAGGCUUGACUCAAGCGAAGGUUGAAAUCGAUCAAGCUCAGGCAUCUAGACAAACUUUAUUUGACCAGCGUAACAAAUUACAAGCUGAUUUGGACGCUGUAUAUGCAGAAAAGCGCGAACACAAUGAAAAACAUCGUGAAACUAUGGAUGCUUACUACCAAAAAGUAAACGAGGAUAAAGCGAGACGCGCACAAAGAGCUAAAGAAGAAAGAGAAAUUGAAGAAGCUCAAAAAGCAAAAGUACUAGCUGAGCAGAUACGUGAAGAUGCUAAGCUACCAGCCUUCGAAGCGCAAAUCCAAGACUGUCAAACACUGAUCGAUCAGUUUGCUAGAAUAGGUGGACUUCAAACCUCAUCUCAAGCCAAGGAAGACGAUGGACAACCAUCAAACGGAUUCGGACAACAUAAUAUCCGUCAAGUUGAGGACCAAAUUCCAGCUGGCACAGUUCUCAAGAAGAAGAACCAAGAGGAUGAUGACGCAUACUUUGUCGGUGGUGCGAAAUCGAAGAAGAAGGCUGGUAAGAAGACGGCCGCUAAUGGCUCAUCGGAAGACAAGCUGAAUGUACCACUUGCUACCCUUACAGCACUUAUGGGACUCUCAAUUCCACCGCCAAAGUCACAGUCAGAGAUCCAAACUACGGUCGAAAGCUUGGAGAUCAAGAAAGCAUGGUAUGAAGCGAACCAAGCGAAGCAAACGAAGGAGAAUGUGGAAAAGGCAGAGAAAGAGAUUGAGAAGCUCUUCGCGAAGAAGAAAGUAGAGAAGGCAUAA